CAACAAAUUCUUCAGAAGAUUGGGGACGACCCGAAUUUGAAAAAAUUCAGAAAAUGGAAUCGAAUCAAACCCUAGUUUCAGAGAAGGAGACGAUUCAGCUGAAUUCCGAUGAAAGAGAGGAGUGUGGUGAUAACGGAAAUUCGGAAAGUCAAACAUCGUCAUCGUCAUCGUCAUCGUCGUUAGUAAAUGGCGAAGAAAUAAUGAAAGCAAUACAAGUUGUAGAGAGAGAUUCUAUGGCUAUCGCACAUAGCUACACUUGUCUUUUUGCUUCUCUACGCUCGGCAUUAUCAGAGGUUACUAGUACUUCUGUUGAUCACAUGAACUGCUUUGGUGAUGCAGCAGGACGAGUUCAAGAAUGCGGUAUAUAUAUUAACCUCUUCAUCUUCAGUUGUUGAAGACCGUAACAGUAAUAGUUUUCUUUUAUUUUC